AUGAUGUCGUCAUCGUCAAGGAAAAAGUACUACGCCGUUGCAGUGGGCCUAAAGACAGGCAUUUUUGAGUCGUGGGAUGAGUGUCGCCAUUAUGUGAAUGGGUUCCCAAACGCCCUGUUCAAGUCCUUCAAGAAAUUGGAGGAGGCGCAGGCGUUUCUUUUGAAGAAGAACGAUGCGAGCAACAGGGGUGCUGCGAAAAGCGCAGUUUAUGUUGCGUGUGUAGCGGCACAUGCACCGACUGAGCAGGACCGUCUUUGUGUUGAGCCUGUCGCGGUGACGGCGGGGAGAAAACGUCCGCGCCUAUCGUCCCGACCCUCAGCAUCUCCGUCGCCGCUGACACUGUCGGUGGUGGAGGACGCGGCGGGAGAAGCGGAGUUGCUGCAGCACGUGUCACUUGACUGGAUAAGGGCGAGGGAGAAGGAGGCGGUGGAGGUGUACGUCGAUGGGGCGUGCCGCGCAAACGGCAAGGGUAAACUCUCACGCGGUGGAUACGGCGGUUAUUACGGGGCGAAUGACACGCGGAACUUCUCUCUUCCAAUCCCGGUCGACGAGCCACAGACAAAUAACCGAGCGGAGCUUUACGCCGUCAUUUAUGUCCUUCGCACUGCGUUAGAAGCCGAGUCUUGCUACAACCUGCGCGUUUUCUCCGAUAGCAUGUACACCAUUCGGGGUGCGGACUUCUACAUGCAUAAGUGGCUACAAAACGGCUUUUGCGGUUCAAAUGGGUCGACUGUAUUGAACUGCGAUCUCUGGAAGCCACUAAACACCAUGCGCCUUCAGCACGCAACCCGCUACGGUGAAUGGCUGGUGUCACAGUUUGGUCUGCUGCCUGUGGUGGCGAGUACGUUGGCGAAGAAGCUGGCAUUGCAAUUGGUUCAUGUGAGAGGGCACGCCGGUGUCUGCGGGAAUGAAAUGGCGGACCAUCUGGCGGUGAUGGGCGCACUCAACGGACGACCCGCAGAUGACAAGUAA